CUCAGCUCCAAACAAAAUCUUUUUUUUUUUCGUUUCUCUCUCUUUCUAAGGAAGAAAACAGCAUUCAACAUAAGAGCAGAUCAAGUUUGAUUUGUCUGUGAUAAACCAAUACGCUGCGUCUUUCUUUUAGUUCAGAUAUAGACAAAGCUGUAUACGUGUGAUUAGAGUAGUGGAUGCUCUUGUCACGGGUCCACUUCUCGGUAAAAAAUCUUCAAGCCCAUAUCAAUCAAUUUUGUCCAGAAGAAGAAGAAGAGCAUUAGAAAAAAAAACAUUCAACAAAAGAGCAGAAGCUUUGGUGAUAAAGUUGAUUCUGCUUUAGCCUUCCAAGUAGAGGAGCAUUGGUUUGGUAGGAUCUGUAGCUUAUACAAGUCUUUGAGAACUUGAAGGUUUGGUAGGAUCUGUUGGAUGCUAUAUUAGAAAGAGUUAAAAAAAAAAAAAAAUCUUCAGAAAUGGAAGAUGAUGGUGGCAGUGAUGGAGGAGAAGGAAAUGGUGGGUUUUCACCUAAUUCUAGCUUUGGUGCAUUCCCUGAGAUGCCCAUGGAUUUGGAUUUGGAUGAGCUCUUUUUUGAUGGAUGUUGGCUAGAGACAACAGAUUUAAAACAGUCAGAAGAAACCGCUUCAGCUUCUAACGCCAUGAAUGACAACACCCCUUUCCUCUACUUUGCUGAGAACUCAUUUCAAGAAAACGUUUCCAACGAAGAAACAGAGAGAACGGCGAAUCAAGAACCUCUUAACCAGGCUGCAACAAGUUCCGAGGAAGCGGAAAAGCUUCUACUAGAGGAAGCUGAGGUGGCAAGGCGUUGGUGGAUUGCUCCAAGAGGAAGUGAAGGCCCUUCUUCCUCUGUGAAGGAGAGACUCUUACGAGCUAUAAGCGGUCUCGACGAGGCUGUGCCGGAUAAGGACUUCCUUGUGCAGAUAUGGGUGCCAUUUCAGCAGGAAGGGAAGAACUUCUUAACCACUUUGGCUCAGCCACAUUUAUUCAACCAAAAAUACUCCAGCCUUGCGAAAUACAGACAUGUUUCAGAGACUUAUAACUUCCCUGCUGAUGAGGGCUCGACAGAAGUAGGUCUCCCCGGUCGUGUUUUCCUGCAGAAAUUGCCUGAGUGGACUCCUGAUGUACGUUUCUUUAGAAGUGAAGAGUAUCCGCGCAUCAAAGAAGCUCAAAAGUGUGAUGUCCGCGGGUCGCUUGCUGUCCCUGUGUUUGAAAGAGGUAGUGGGACUUGUUUGGGUGUUGUUGAGAUCAUCACAACGACUCAGAAGAUGAAUUACCGGCCAGAACUUGAGAAUAUCUGUAAAGCUCUUGAGGCUGUUGAUCUAAGGAGUUCAAGUAAUUUGAAAACUCCAAGCACUGAGUUUCUGCAGGUCUAUAAUGAUUUCUACUAUGUUGCGUUGCCUGAGAUAUCAGAUUUCUUGGCCACAGUCUGCAGAUCAUAUGAUCUGCCUCUAGCUUUGUCAUGGGCCCCAUGUGAUCGGCAGGGGAAAGGUGGAUCCCGGCACUCUGAUGAGAACUUCUCUCAGUGCGUUUCGACAAUCGAUUCUGCUUGCUUUGUCCUGGAUGAACAAAGCAAAUGUUUUCUGGAGGCAUGUUCUGAAUACCAUCUUCUCCAAGGGGAAGGCAUGGUUGGGAAAGCGUUCAAGGAGACCAAACUGUUUUUUGUGCCUGAAGUGACCAUAUUUAGUAAGACCAACUACGCGCUUGCGCACCAUGCUAAAGUGUCUGGACUACACGCUGCUUUAGCAGUCCCGUUAAAGAGCAAAAGCAAUGGUUUGGUCGAGUUUGUGUUGGAGUUCUUCUUUCCAAAAGCCUGCAUUGACACUGAAGCGAAACAGGUGAUGCUUAAGUCAUUGUCUGUGACUCUGCAGCAGGAUUUCAGGAGUUCAAAUCUUGUCAUUGACAAAGAUUUAGAGUUGGAAGUCGUAUUGCCUGAUGUAGAGGACAUGGUACUCUCAGAGAGCCCAGCAAAUGGAGCAGAAACCGAAGAGUCUUUGAGAGAAGUUCAUAUGCAAGACUCCACAAUGAUAAAGGCUAACGAGAAGGGUAAAGAUAAAAAGGAUGAAUCCAAGCUCUCAUCUGGAUUGGAUAACAGUCAGCUUGAUUCAGUCCCCAAUAAUGUUCCUUCAGGAGCUGAGCCAGGAGGACUCAGAGUCGAGGCAGGUCCAAGUACCGAACCAGCUUCGACUGGUGGUGGGAGUAUGUUAGGGAGUAGAAGACCAGGGGACAAGAGAAGAUCCAAAAAUGAGAAGAUCAUUGGCUUGGAGGUUCUUCAACAAUACUUUGCAGGAAGCCUCAAGGAUGCAGCCAAGAGCAUUGGUGUUUGUCCAACUACCUUGAAAAGGAUAUGCAGGCACCACGGAAUAACGAGAUGGCCCUCCCGGAAAAUCAAGAAGGUUGGGCAUUCGUUGAAGAAACUGCAAGUCGUUAUGGACUCAGUUCAAGGUGCACAGGGAUCUCUCCCACUCGAUUCAUUCUAUUCAAGCUUCCCAGCGUUGAACUCCCCAACUAUGUCCAGUAAUGGCCCUUUCUUGAAAAGUAAGGAACAGUUACAACAUUUGGCAGAGGAUAAACCAGCACCAAGGUCACCAUCAUCUUCUUGCUCUGGUUCAAGCACCAACACUGCAAACACUCUGCAGGUUGCUGAGGAUGCUGAUGCUGUAUUAAAGAAAGCUCACAGCGAGGCCGAACCGCAUAAAAUAAUCAAGGAGCCUCCUCUUCUUGAAAAUUUAGCAGGCAGUAGUAGCAACAAGAGCUUAAGAGCCGGAGGGGGCAUUAAAGUGAAAGCAACGUUUGGUGAGGCCAUAAUACGGUUUACUUUGCCUCCGAGCUGGGGCUACAGAGAGCUGGAGCAAGAGAUUGCUAGGCGUUUCAGCAUAGAUAACGUUUCCUGGUUUGAUCUCAAGUACUUGGACGAUGAUAAGGAGUUGGUUCUUCUGAAAUGUGAAGGGGAUCUAGAGGAAUGUAUCGACAUACAUAGAUCAUCACAGAGCCAAACAAUUAAGAUAAGUCUGCACGGCGCUUUUCAAGUCAAACUGGGAGGUUCUUUUGGUAGCACUGGUGCAUCCUGAUAAACCCACUCAAAGCACCAGAAAUAUUCUGCUGAAUUAAAGAUGGCACUUACUAUUUUAGCCUCUAAUUGUGGGUAAAACAUACCUUGAAGACCAUUUUUGCAAGUGGCAAUAGUAACUGGUCUUCUGCAUGGUCCGGACAGAUUUUUUUGUAUAUAGGCAAGUAUUUUUGGUAUCUUUGUUUUUAAGCUUUGCAACUACAUAAACUGAAUUGCAGUAUUAUAUAUAUGUGUGUGUUCACUUGUAUAGUUUUGGAAAAUGUCUGAUUUCAGGGAAUGUGCCAGGAAUGUAGAAUAUCCAUUUCACUA